AAGGCGUAAAGACAGACAUGAAGCCAGUGGGUUUUCAAGAAGACCAGAUCCAGAUUCUGAUGAAGAUGAAGAUUAUGAAAGGGAGAGACGAAAAAGAAGUAUGGGAGGAGCUGCCAUUGCACCACCCACUUCUCUUGUGGAGAAGGACAAAGAACCUGUAGCAUCGUUUCCAUUUGAAGAGGAGUCAAGACCUCGGGCACCAUCUUCCAAAGCAGCUAUUCCUCCUCCAGUGUAUGAUGAGCCAGAAAGACCUCGUUCCCCCACGGGACCUAGCAACUCGUUCCUUGCUAACAUGGGAGGGACAGUAGCUCACAAAAUCAUGCAGAAGUAUGGUUUCAGAGAGGGCCAGGGUCUGGGAAAGCAUGAACAGGGGCUGAGCACAGCACUGUCAGUGGAGAAAACGAGCAAGAGGGGUGGCAAGAUCAUUGUUGGUGAAUCUACAGAGAAAGAAACCGGCAAGAAAGCGGAUUCUAACCCAUUGACUGAGAUACUGAAAUGCCCAACUAAAGUGGUCUUGCUAAGGAACAUGGUAGGUGCUGGGGAGGUGGAUGAAGAUCUAGAAGUUGAAACUAAGGAAGAAUGCGAGAAAUAUGGCAAGGUUGGGAAAUGUGUCAUCUUUGAGAUUCCUGGUGCCCCUGAUGAUGAAGCUGUGAGAAUAUUUUUGGAGUUUGAACGGGUUGAAUCUGCCAUCAAAGCUGUUGUUGAUCUAAAUGGAAGAUACUUUGGAGGCCGAGUCGUGAAGGCUUGUUUCUACAACCUGGACAAGUUCAGAGUGCUGGAUUUGGCAGAGCAAGUUUGAUUUUAAAAAUCUAGCUGGAGGUGUCACUGUUUCGGCAAUCAGGUUUUCAGCAGUAGGCUGGGAAUAAAGAAGAGAAGAGUAGCUUUCCUAGCAAACUGGAAACAAGCCUCAUUGAAUGGAUUUUUCACAUUCGUUGUGACUUACCUUUUUUGUAAUAUAAAGCCCUUUGAAAGUAAGAUUCACGUCUGUGUGGUUUUGAAUUGCACAAUUCAGCUCACUGCUCUGGGGGUCCUGGUUGUUUUUUUUUGAGCUUUCAGAUGACUUUGUUCUCUUGAAAAGCCACUGCUGAGGAGAUGCU